AUGAAGCCUCUCUCUGCAAUCGUCUGGCUCGCGGCCUGCCUCCCGGCGGCGGCAGACAGUCUCAAAGUCCCAGGCGACUCUCCCCUCGAGUUCUGCAACGCCAACCGCGACCACGACGUCGUGCAAAUCGAACGAGUCGACAUUUCUCCCAACCCGCCGCAGCCCGGCAAGCCUCUCCUCGUGUCCUUCAAAGGCACCGUCAGCAAGACAAUCACCCGCGGCGCCUACGCCAAGCUGGUUGUCAAGUACGGCCUGAUCCGACUCCUCGCCACGACGCUCGACCUCUGCGAGCACGCCGAAAGGGUCGACCUUGGCUGCCCCGUCGAGGCUGGCACCCUAGUCGUCACGAAGAGCAUCGACAUGCCCUCGGCGAUUCCGCCCGGGACGUACAACGUCCUGGCGGACGCGUACACCGACGACGACGAGGCCAUUUCCUGCGUCAAGGCAACCGUCAACUUUCCCCGACCCGGUCUUUUCGAUGAGGAGCUUUGA